CAUGGCCUGGGUGCGAUGAGUAUCAACGGGACUCUUGAAUCAGCCAGCUAAGAGCGGGAUCGGGGCGGUUCUAAUGGUUCAUGACUCGUGGGCCCAUACUCACGACACGGGCCCCUUCACAGGCCAGGCAAGCAGGCUUCUUUUGGACGAGAUGUGUCAACAGGACCUUCACGCGUGCAUCCUGGACUAAAGACAUCCGAAUUCGAACGGCUAACCGCUUUUACUGGUCAACGUCGAAAAGAAGGCUCACCAAUGUUCUCACAAAUGGAAGCGCUCCGUUUCUGCUGGGCCUCCCAACACUAUCGUGCCUGACUUAUGGAGCUUAUCACACGUUACGCAAUUCACCGGUGGUCCUCGCUUUAGAAAAUGAGGAGGUUCUUGAGCAGGCUGACUACCUUUACAGCUGUGCAGAGACGCACAAGCUAUACCAGCUCUUACUACAGUACAAAAACAGCGAUAACGCCGAAUACUUGUGGAGGCUUGCUAGAGUGUCCCGCGAUGUGUCGGUGUUGCCCGAAACUGACGAGGGACGGAAGAAACAGCUGAUGUAUGAGGCCUUUGAAUAUGCAAAAAUGUCUUUGGAGAAAGAUGACAAGUGUUUUGCAGCACACAAAUGGUAUGCAAUAUGUCUGAGUGAUGUUGGGGAGUAUGAGGGAGUCAAGGUUAAGAUAGGAAACUCCUAUGUAAUCCGGGAACAUCUGGAGCGAGCCCUUGAGCUCAAUCCCAAAGAUGCAACAACUUUACACAUUUUGGGUUACUGGUGCUUUACCUUUUCGGAACUACCGUGGUAUCAACGUAAAGUGGCGGCAGUUGUUUUCGCGUCACCUCCCACAUCUACUUAUGAAGAAGCUUUGCAAUUCUUCCUGCAAGCUGAACAAGUGGAUCCAAACUUCUACAGUAAAAACCUCCUGAUGGUGGGGAAGACUUACAUGGCUAUGAAGGACGAGCAGAAAGCCUUGCUCUGGCUAAACAAAGCUAAAGAUUACCCCCCACGCACGCACGAGGACAAAGAGGUCCAUAAAGAAGCCAUUGACCUGUUAAAGAAGUUCAGAUAACCUGACAUGCCCGUGUUCUGUAAUUGUUAACGUAGUGUUAUGAUUGGCCUUGGACGGAGAAAUCACUCAUCUCAAGGGACCAUCCUCACGACUUCCAAAUAAAAACACAAUCAUGUCUUGGAAGGGAGUCAUUCACGUAUUUAUUUAUAUCUCAUAAAUCCAUCUCUGUUCAUUUCAAAUGGCUGAAAGCUUUGAUUUCAAAAUGAAUCCUCUAU